UGAAAUAUGGAUCAACUCGAUAUUACAUUUGUAGAUAAAAUAGCUGAAAGCUGUGUGAAACUUUAUAAUGAUCUUCCAAAGACCGGAAAACCUGUUGAUGCUGAGUGGACCGUACUGUCCUGUAUAAUACAAUACGAUAACAGAACGGAGGAAUUAGAAGUAGUGUCUCUAGGUACUGGCUCGAAAUGUAUAGGUGCUUCGAAAAUGUCCGCGACGGGAGAUAUUCUGAACGAUAGUCACGCUGAGGUCUUUGCUAGAAGAGGAUUUUUGAUAUAUCUCUACGAGAACAUGGAGCACGCUUUAGAUAGUAAGCAAUCAAUAUUUAAUUAUGACAAUGGAUUGUUUGAAGUAAAAGACAACAUUAAAUUUAUAUUUUAUUCGUCUCAGCUACCUUGCGGAGAUGCCUCUAUCUUAACUAAAGCUGGAGAAGAGGAACAGUAUGGCGAUGUUCUACAAAGUAUGAAAAAGAAAGCUUUUGAAGAUAUUUGUGAUGUAGAAUAUAAAAAAGCUAAAGAUAUUCAUAGAACUGGAGCUAAGUGUUUACCUGACUCGGAGCAGGAUUCUAAGCAGCCGGGUACAAGUUAUCACAUACUUGGGCAGGUUCGCACUAAACCUGGUAGAGGGGACCGGACGCAAUCAGUCUCUUGUAGUGACAAGAUGGCUCGAUGGAUCCAUGUUGGCAUCCAGGGUGGCCUUUUAGACUUAUUAUUAUCUAAGCCUAUUUUUAUCAAUUACUUCAUUUUUGGCAGCGGAGUGCCAUAUUCGGAUGAAUCUUUGACAAGAGCUUUGUUGAAACGACAUGCCGAUGCCCGAUCUUUAGUGCAACCAGAUAUAUUACCACAGUUCUACCAAAGCAAGCUUGUGUUCCCUCAUAUUAGGACUGAGGAAAAUGUAAGACCAGCUCCUGGCAGCAUAGUUUGGACAAAAUCUAAGGGAGUGGAGGUAGCGUGGCAGGGACCCGCGACCGACUAACAUCGUUUAGCUCGUCCCGUAGCAUAAAGCGGCGACUACGAUUUAAAUUAUUCUCGGAGCUCAUUACUGGAGCCGCCGUACGUUAUUUACAGGUCAUAAUGUCCGUUAGUCGUUUAUAAUUCCAUUGGUGCUUAAUGCAGUUUAUCCCUUAUCUGGUGUCCGAAUAACUAGGCCAGUCUCGAGAUGAUAUGCCUCGCGUAUGAACGGUUUUUAAAUCGACCAGUUAAAACAAUUAACCUGGGUCAAUAAAGUAUUUUAUUAACGAUCUGCCAUGAGUUCCCUGGAAGUUGAUUAAGUGUAUUCGUGGGGUGAAAUUUGAAAGGCACAGACAGCGACUAAAAAUAAACUUGGAAAUCGUUUUCGGUGUCGUGAAUCUGUCGCAAUGUCAAUUAAGAGCGCAGAUUGUGCAGCACUGUGUAGCUUGACA